CCCGCGAAUCAGUUAUUUGCUUGCGUUCCCCGCAAAAAGAGGUGCUGAACUGUGAAGGUUUUUAGUGCUAAUAUUGUUUCAAUGGAAUUCGCGAAAUGCAUAGUGCUUUUAACUUUCUGUGGUCUUCUGAGCCUCACUGGAAUUCGUGCUGACCUCACAGUUGGCGCGUGCCUUUCGUAUUACGCGGGUAUUGCCUACGGUGACUGUAUACCAAUUCAGGAUUGCCCGACUUUAUAUGAAAUUGCUUUGAAACCCACUUUACUAGUAGAAGACGUAAAUUUGCUGAGAAAUAGCAAAUGUGGCAGUGCAAAUAAUAAAUUCUAUGUUUGCUGCCCAACAGUUUCAUGGCUACGGCAAUCCCAAGUUUCCAUUUCUGUGCCGGAGAGUAUCUGCCAAGCACCCAAUGGCGCAUCUGGAGUGUGCAAGCCCAUCAAAGGGUGCAGUGCCUUAAUGAAUAUCGCUAUGAAAGAAAAAAUCGCACCCGAGGAGAUUAUCUACCUACGAAAUAGUCUGUGUGGAAAUGCUAAUGGCAAUUUUAUGGCCUGCUGCCCAGUAGCUCCGAAUAUAUCUGAAGAUGAAGUGGAAUCUACAACAGUAGCGACGGCAGUUCCUAAACCAGAGGCCUGUCAAACACCGAACGGCGAACCUGGAGAAUGUACAUCGAUUCGAGACUGCAGACUCUUGGUCAAUUUAGUUACCAAUCCGGAUAGAACGGAAGCAGAAACUGCUCUUUUGCGCAAAAGUCAAUGUGGACUUGCAAAUGGAACUUUUUUAGCUUGCUGUCCAUUGCGGAAAUCCGUUAAAAUCCGUGCUUUUGUGGGCACAACAACAGAGAGGAUUUUUUCAACACAAAGUAGUUCUAAGGGAACUGAGCGAGCACUUCGUAGCUUUCAAUUUCCGGAAGAAGCUGUUCCAGAAACUGAAAACUACCGAGAUACGACCGAGAGUACACGAACUCCAUCAAAGCAAAACAAAUGUGGAAGAGCUGUUUUAAGCAAUCGUAUUUUCAACGGAAAUCAAACAGAAAUCGAUGAGUUUCCUUGGACGGCAUUGCUAGUGUACACCAAUGACUACGACGACGUGGACUUUUUAUGUGGCGGUGCUCUGAUUAGUAAAAAUUACGUUCUCACCGCCGCACAUUGCGCAGAUGGUUAUUCCAUUGCUCAGAAUUUCUUGCUCACGAGUGUUCGCCUAGGCGAAUGGAACACUAGAACAGAGAGAGAUUGCCAAUAUGACAACAGUGGCCAAGCGUUUUGUGCACCACCGCAUCGAGAUGUAGAAGUGCAGAGAAUAACAAUUCAUCCACAUUACAAUCAUGUAACCCUGACCAAUGAUAUUGCAUUGUUGCGCCUAGCGGAAUAUGUUGAUUUGACAGAUUUUAUAAAUGUCAUAUGUCUUCCGUUAGAGGCGAGCCAACAAUCGGAGCUCUAUGAAGGUGCCGCUGCAGAAGUCGCUGGUUGGGGAGCAACUGAAACGAGUCCACAUAGUUCAGUAAAAUUGAAAACAACUAUUACAGUGCUGAAUUCCACACAAUGUGGUGUAAAAAAAUCUCGUCGAGGUAUUACAAUUAGCGAUAAGCAAAUAUGCGCAACGGGCAGUCGUGCCGACUCCUGCCAUGGCGAUUCAGGUGGUCCACUUAUGCUGACAGAGUCACAAAAUGGCAAGAUUUCUUAUUACUUGAUUGGCGUGGUUUCGUUUGGCACUGGCGAAUGCGGACAAAAGGAUACGCGUGGUAUUUACACACGCGUCGGAGCAUAUAUGGAUUGGAUAGAAGAUACUAUGGUAAUAUGGUCAGAUGAAACAAAAAUCAACCGAUUUGAAUCGGAUGGCUGUUCAUGGUUUUGGUCAAAAGAUCCCCAGCAGUUAACAAAAUCAAGCGUGAAAGAAACAGUGAAGCAUGGUGGUGGCAACAUAAUGGUUUGGGGGUGCAUUACUUGCACUGAGUUUGCGCCAUGUCAGACACCGAAUGGCUCAGCUGGCAGCUGCAAACUAAUAGAUGCCUGUGAAAGUAUUUAUAAACUUGCCACAAGAGACUAUCUUACUGAAGAUGAAAUGCACUUUUUACGACAGAGCCAAUGCGGCGUUGCGAACAACAAACCAAUUGUGUGCUGCCCAGAAGACGGCGAGGAACAUAAUCAAGCAGAAGUUGAAAAGAGUUCAGCUUCUAACUCAUGUCAAACAUCGAACGCAGAAGACGGUGAUUGUUUACGUAUGGAAGAUUGUCAAUAUUGGCACGAGUAUCUUACUGCGAGGAAGGAAAUAACAGAAGCUGACAUCCUGUUUUUGAGAAGAAACAGAUGUGGGUCUGAUGUCUAUUCUCGAAAUAUAUGCUGUCCGAAACACAAGCCAGAUAAAGUAAUAGGAGAACUAAAAGUUCGUGCAGUCGUUAAUGAUGACUUUCCGAUAGUUCCUGCCACGCAAACAUGUCAAACGCCAGAUGGCCGACUUGGCGAUUGUAUGGCGCUCGAUAAUUGCAAUGCUCUGAGUGAACUUUCUCAAAAGGAAGACUUAACGGAGGAUGAAGUAUUGUUUAUACGGCGAAGCGAAUGUGAAACGAAUGAAAUGGAAAUAUGCUGCCCGCGGCCUAGAGAUAAUGUGGACGAUAAGGACAAAAUUAAAAAAGUUGCCUCAUUUGAACCAUGCGUGACGUCAUAUGUGAAGAAAGGCGAGUGUAUGCCGAUACGGAAUUGCAGCAUUUUGCUGAAUCUGGUUCUGAAACCGGAUAAGACGCAAGCAAAUACAAUUUUCUUGCAGAGUAACCAAUGUGGAUAUGUCAACAAUAGUCCACUUGUGUGUUGCCCAACAUUUGAAAAGCCUCAAAUGCCCACAGAGACAAGCACAACCAGAACAACAUCAUCAACAACAACAACAACAACGACAACCUUGACUCCUGUCACAACCUCAACAACCAUAUCCCCAACCACCACCACCAAAAGUGAAGUGAUCUCGGGUGAAAUAUGUCAAACCCCAAAUGGUACGCUUGGCGAAUGCAAAGCGCUGGAAAAUUGCGACUCUCUAUGGAAUCUUCAUCAAAUGGAACACUUAACACAAGAGCAGUUAACACUUUUAGAUGAAAGCGAAUGUGAAACAUCGGAUGCGGACAAAGUCUUUGUUUGUUGUCCCAACGACAUACCGAAACUGGAAGCAGCACCAAAAAUCGCAAUACCAGCUCGCACUGCAGACCCGAAUGAAUGUCAAACACCUAAUGGAAUCGCUGGAGCUUGCAUUUCCAUUAUCGAUUGCGAUUCUUUAAUGAAAAUUAUGAAUAAAAGUGAUUUCUUAAACAACGACGUUAACUAUUUGAAAGCCAGUUUUUGCGCAGAUGCAGAUAAUUUUCCGAAGGUUUGUUGUCCCAACGACAUGUCAAUGCCUGCGAAAGCCAAUUUACCCAUGCCGCCAUACUGCGGAAGAGUGGUGGCAGAGAAUGAUACUGAUGUUGCUGCUAGAACAACAGAUAUCGAUGAAUACCCCUGGACGGCAUUGCUCAUUUACACAAACGCAAGGGGCCAACUAAGUUUUCGCUGUGGUGGGACACUUAUCCACGAACGUUAUGUUCUCACUGGGGUGCAUUGCCUCAGAGAGGAGUCUGCGUCUAGCACGUUAACUGGUGUGCGUUUGGGCGAGUGGGCUACACAAGCGAAUGUGGAUUGUCAAAGUAAGGAGCAGCAUUCCGAAGUCUGUGCGCCGCCACACAUCGGUAUGGGCGUGGAAAAAUUGACUAUGCACCCAGAAUACGACUCUUUGAAUAACGACAUAGCACUGCUACGCUUGGUCAGCGCGGUGCAAUUCACCCGAUUUAUAAGUCCAAUCUGUUUGCCCUUUGAGAUUAGUCAACAAUCGCGUAUAGUUGAAGGUACUACUUUACACGUAGCCGGUUGGGGUGCAACCAGUAAUGGCGAAAUGAGAAACCUUAAAAUGACGUCUACUGUUACGGUAGAAAAUUUAGCAGAAUGUAUGCGUCUGUUUAGGACCAGUGGCUUGGUUAACCUAACGGCAGAACACAUUUGCGCCGCUGGUAAGAGUGCAGCAGAGAGCGUAGUUCAUGACUCUGGCGGCGCGCUUAUGUCCAUGCAAGAGAUUGGAAAAGUUCAAUCGUAUUUUUUGGUUGGCAUUGAUACCCUGAGUUAUGAGUAUGCACUGCAGCAGGACUUUCCAGGUCUUUAUACACGCAUUGACUCCUAUCUAGAGUGGAUAAAAAACGAAAUUGAAAAUAAUUAAAUUGUAGAAAUAUUUAUUUUUUACGUUAGAGUGGAACUUUGUUUCCAAAAUUUAAUUUAAAAAGCAAGUAUUAUAAUUCUGCAUUCUGUAAAGAAAAAAAGUCUAUUCUAUAAGUAGGACUUCUGUUUAGAAAGUGGGCGAACUUUCUCAUUCAAACGAACCGCGCUUGAGAUGUUGCCAAAAUAAAUUUUUUUCGGCUGAAGGCCUCGUAGCCAGUACUGCGUUUAUACAUUUAUCUAAUAAUUUUAUAUACAUUUUUAUACAUAUAAAUAAAAUAAAUAAAU